GGGUAGCUUCAUACACAACGCGAAGGAAACGGAUCGUGCCUUUCUGAUUGUUUUCAGCAGUCAGAGUUAUCACAGACCGUAAUUAGAGUUUGAUUCCUGCAGACACUUUUAUUUGCGGGUUCAACAAAUCAAGAAGAAGACCCUGAAUAAGAAUGUGGAACGGUUUCCCAUUCUCGUGCUGCAACAAGGCAAGCCUACCGGAUGAAUACUCAUCAACUGGGGCCCAUCGCACUGCUGUAGAGGACAGCAAGACUGGAAGAUCUGGUGAGAGAUGUUCACUCAUCUGGCGCUUCAGGCGUUUUAUGGCCAAAAAGAGACAGCCCAAAAAUGGCCAAACUGAUGUCACCCACCUUGUCAGUGAGAGCCUGAAGAGUUCCCUGUCCUGUGUUGAUUUAUCUACCUACACACAGGCCACGCAUGAUACUUUUGCAAAGAGGGAAGCACCUGAUGGCUGCGCAUCAGCAAAAUACCAGAUGGUACAGGCAACCACCAGCGAGCUCCUAAGCUGUCUCGGGGAGUUCAUCCGUCGGAGGUGCAACAAGCUGAAGAAUCUGUCACCUACACAGAUUGCUCUAUGGAUGACAAGCAUAGACAGGUAUCUCUCUGGAUGCGGACAGCUAGUAGGCUUCAUUACCCCGGCCAAUGUAGUCUUCCUCUACAUGCUUUGCCGAGAGGUCAUUCCAUCAGAGCUGGACAGUGAGCAGGAACUACACGCAUAUCUGUCAACAUGUCUGUACCUGGCAUUCACAUACAUGGGUAGUGAGACUGGCUACCCACUGAGGCCUUUCCUGGUCGAAAGCUCAAAGGAAGCCUUUUGGAGCCGUUGCCUCUAUGUGAUUGACUUGAUGAGCUCAAAGAUGCUGCGCAUCAAUGCUGAUAGACAAUAUUUCAUCCAUUUCCUAGUAACAUGGGAUAGGCUCUUAAACAAUACAGGGACGUGGUUUCUGCUCUGUAGAGACAGAUGGCAUAAAAGGUGACUGGGCCCCUCAGGUGACAUGGCAACUUCCUCCAGGCUCCUCUAGGGGUUCAGAGGAGCUACGGAGGCUCUCCGUGGCCACCCAAGCUGUGAUUUGCGGUGACCUACCUGCUGUUACGCACAGGGCCGGCCUGCCCGUUACGCGGGGUACGCGUACGAGUAAGGCGCCAGAGUGAGGAAGGCGCCGGCAGCAUGCACCACGGCCGCUCCGUCAAGCCGCACUCCUAAGCUGCUGUCUGACUCCUGCCCCGUCCACCUGCCCGCUCGUCCACCCGCCCGCUCGUCCGUUUGUCCGCUCCCCACUCCUCGCUCCCGUCCGCGGCUCUCUCCUCUUGCGGGCCGUAACUGCGGCCAUACUAUGCUGGCCGCCCAAACACGCGGCUCUGUCUGUCUGAGGCUGCCUGAUCCUGCGUAGAAGCUGCUGCUGUAGCGCUGUG